CCGCCCACCGGUGGCCAGUGAUACCUGAUAUUUGAUAAGGCUCUCAAGUCAUUGUGUCAGUCUAUAGUUUAAUUUUUUUCCAUGGUCUCAUCUCUCAUCUCUCAAGUCUCAGUAGUUAUCAUUACUCUAUGUCUCUAUGUCUCAGACCAAAUUCCAUUACAUUGACCAUUCAGCAUUCUAUCCGCAACACAAUUAUAAAGAACUUUAUAAUCGUGGUCCGCAAUGAGAACGAUAUAAUAAUAAUAUAAUAAAUAAUAAUAAUUUAAAUUCAGCUACAUGUUGAUAACGAUAACAGAUAGACAUCAUAAAUUACGGACUUCUUAACAGUUAUUAGUUAUAACUUAAGAGUUAAUAAUUAUUAUUUAUUAAUUGCUAGUCUUUUAGCAUAGUCCGUAAUCAGUGUUCCGUGACCGUGACUACUGGCUACUGACCACAACUACCCUGAGCCCGGCCAUGAAAGAACAGUGAAAUGAAGAAUUGAAAUUAGUUAGUUCUAAUCUAAUUCUCUACCAUAGUCGGCGACGAAGGAUUGGUGAGCAAAUAUGUGUUAUGAUUUUGAUUUCCAUAAUUGUUGAGAGAAAUUUUAUGCUGUAUUGACUUGAGAGUACCUAAUUCAAAUUGUCUCUCUACCACAGACCCUAGUUGAGUACGGCCUCGAAUAAUAAUUUUUACAGUUGUACCCCUUAUUAUCAUUUAUCAUCUUAAAUAUGUCUAACACAGACUCAGACUUAUCAACAGAUAGUGACAAUAACAAUGUGUCUCCUUUUUUCAACCGUUAUUUGGGUCAUCCUCGAGUAUUUGAUUAUGAACUCAAUAAUAUUGAAAGUCUACCUUUUGAUACAGAUAGUUCUUCAGGAAGUGAAACUAGUUUAUUAAAUCGUACGGUUUCUUUAUCUAGUGAUAAUGAAACAUUAUUUAACACCUCAUCAGACGAUUCAGAUUAUCUAGACAAUGACUCAUCUCGUAGUUCAAGAAAUGCAUAUGUAGUAUUUAGACAAUGUAAAGAAAAACAAGCUAAAAAAAUGAAAAUAACUCGUUCAAAGUCCAAUAAUUGGCGUCUUCCUAAAGAAUUAUAUAACAGAGAAAUCGGCCAGUAUAACACCCGUGCUCAGUGGGGUUAUAAGUUCUAUCAAUCAGUGGUUGCUGUACAUAAACUCAAAUUGAGUAAACUCUUAACAGGCCAUGAAGGAUGUGUAAAUUCACUUGACUUUAAUAAAACUGGUAACAUAAUAGCAAGUGGAUCUGAUGAUUUAAAAAUGUGUUUAUGGGAUUGGUCAAAUGAUAAAUGUUUACUCAAUUAUAAAACUAUACAUACUAGAAAUAUAUUUCAAACUAAAUUUCUCACUACACAUGGAGAUGCCCACGUUGUAUCAAGUGGGCGGGAUGGCUUAGUUGUAUUGUCUGCUGUAAGUGAUUCUGAUUGUAUAUAUAGUAAAAUAAUAGGACACCAUGAUCGCUCUUGCAACAAAGUUAGUGUACAUCACGAAACACCAUAUGUAGUUCUCAGUUGUGGAGAUGACGGAAUUGUUAAAAAUAUAGAUAUUCGUGAAUCUCCUAUUAAUGAAAAUGAAAGAGUUACCAAUAUACUACAUGUCAAAAAUAUUCAUGGUACUUCUAUGCAUCUAUAUGGUAUUGACAUUAAUCCUAUGAAGCCAUAUGAGUUUAUUGUAAAUGGUAAUGAUGAAUAUGUAAGAAUGUACGACAAAAGAAAACUAAUCGUGGAUCCAAUGAAAGUAUUCCACCGUGAGCUUAAGAAUACCAAAACAAAAAAAAUUGAUAAUAUUGCUAUUAAUAGAAAUAGAAAUAUUAAUAGAACUGAUGAUAGUGCUACCAAUGGCACUGAUAAUAGUGAUCUUGAUGGCACUGAUCAUAGUGAUUUUGAUGUCGCCGACAAUUAUAAUUCCAGUUCUAGUCUAAGCAAUAUUGAUUCUGACAUUGAUGAGGAGGAAGAGGAUUUAAGUUCUCACUAUUUAAGACACAUUACAUCUGCUGUGUACAGUUAUUGUGGAACUGAAAUUUUAGCUUCUUAUAGUGAAGAUGACAUUUAUCUAUUUGAUGCUAAUGGUCGAUCAAAUUCCGUUCUACACAAUUAUGGUGGCCAUAUAAAUAGAAUGACUGUAAAAGGUGUCAAUUUCUAUGGACUAAGAAGUGAUUACGUGGUAUCUGGAUCAGACUGUGGAUAUAUGUUUAUAUGGGAUAAAAAAACUGAAGCUAUUGUCCAAAGAAAACGUGCUGAUAAAAAAGGAACUGUUAAUGUAUUGGAAGGACAUCCACAUAUACCAACCCUGGCAACUAGUGGUUUAGAUAAAACUAUUAAAAUAUGGGAACCUUUAAAUAUAUCUCAACAUCCGAAUAAAAAAAAGCUUAAAUGGGUAAAUUGAUGUACUUAUACAGGGUAUAAUAGGAAAACUUGACAAAUGAAAUCACUUAUAUUCUAAAUAAUAUUAUUAUUUUUUUUUUAUCAUUUUUUUACAAAUGUUUCCGCUAUACAUCUUGUAUAAUACUGAAAAUAAAAAAAUUUAAAUGUGAUACAUUUUUUUUUGAACAAUUUAAAAUAGCCGAUUUGUAAAUAUGGUUUUAAAAAAAAAUGUUGUUGUAAAAACAUUUAUUCAAGUCAUUUAGUUUAACUCAGAGGUUCCCAAACUGUGGGUCGCGAUUAUAUUUUUGGUGGGUCGCGCUAUAAUUUGAUAUAAUACAUAUUUUUCGUUGAUGUUCAAAGUUCAAAUACAGUUUUUCGUUAAUCGUUAUCUGCGAGAUUGACGAUUACGAGUUUACAGCACCGUAUCAAACAGAUUAAUAGUUAUACCUAUUGAAAAGAAAGCAAUUUAUCUGAAACAAAUUAAUGUUAGUAAGUACCUAAAUACC